UACUCUUAAAAUUAAUCCUUUGCCUUUAUUAUGAAAUCUUUGUUUUCUCUCAGGAUUUAGUAAAUAAUUUACUAACAUUACUCAAAAAUUGUUCUGUGGCUUUUUUGUUUAAUAUCUUCUCAGCUAAGGUGAAAAAAUAGCUGUCGUCUAAAUUUUAGUUUCAGUUAAGUUUUAUGCUGAUAUUGUUCUUAUGUAUUACUCAGGAGUUACAGCCAUGCUUUCAUGUUUAUCUCAGUCUAGGAAUAUAGAUAUAAUAUUGUGUUUAAUUCACAGAUUGAUCCUGAAGCAAUUUGGAAGAAAUUAGACUGACUCCUUGAAAAGAAGACAUAUGAGGAAUUUGCAUAAGACAGCUGUGCAAAAUGGAGCAGGAGGAGCUUUAUUUGUGCACAGAGAUACUCCUGAGAAUAACCCAGAUACUCCAUUUGAUUUCGCACCAGAAAACUAUAAGAGGAUAGAGGCAAUUGUAAAAAACUACCCAGAAGGGCAUAAAGCAGCCGCUGUGCUUCCAGUUCUGGAUUUAGCUCAAAGGCAGCAUGGGUGGUUGCCCAUCUCUGCAAUGAAUAAGGUUGUGGAAGUUUUACAAGUACCUCCAAUGAGAGUAUAUGAAGUAGCAACUUUUUAUACAAUGUAUAAUCGAAAGCCAGUUGGGAAGUAUCACGUUCAGGUCUGCACUACUACCCCUUGCAGGCUUGGAAACUCUGACAGCAUCCUGGAAGCAAUUCAGAAAAAGCUUGGAAUAAAGGUUGGGGAGACUACACCUGAUAAACUUUUCACUCUUAUAGAGGUGGAAUGUUUAGGGGCCUGUGUAAAUGCACCCAUCGUUCAAAUAAAUGGCAAUUAUUAUGAGGAUCUGACGCCUAAGGAUAUUAAUGAUAUUAUUGAUGAGCUUAAGGCUGGCAAAGUUCCAAAACCUGGGCCAAGGAGUGGGUGCUUCUCCUGUGAGUCAGCUGGAGGUAAGACCUCCUUGACUGAACCACCCAAAGGACCUGGCUUUGGUGUGCAAGCAGGCCUUUAA